UCAAAUUUGCAGUAAUUGAGCAUCACGGCUACAUCAGCCUCAUAGACAAUUUGACGAUACCAAGCAACAUGCCGUCCUUUCUUGACACCCACAACUUGUCUAUUCUGGCCAUUCCAGCCUACUAUGUCCUAUCAGUUCUGCCUCAUAGCUAUGCUCUGAACGUCGCUACUGGGGGUCAGCUCACCAAAUGGGACAACCGCAAUCCACGCUCCUCAACCCUGAAGUCGAAGCUCAAGGACCGCCUUUCGGCAGAGGAGUUCGCCAAGUACGAGCGUCUGGAAGCAUGCCACGCCAAUGGCAUGGAGAACAUGCCACUCUUUGCCGCAGCAGUCGUGUUGGGUAACAUGGCUGGACUGAAGAAGCAGGGCUUGGACGGAUUGAAUGGCUUCGCUGGUCUCUUCUUGGCUGUUCGACUGCUAUACACUGGGGUCUAUGCUACGCACCAGACACAAGGCCCGACUGCUGCUCGCAGCGUCUUGUGGUUCACUGGAGUGGCGCUCUGCUUUAGGACCAUCAUUCGUGCAGCACGGGCUCUUGGAGGAGAUCGGAUCUAAGUCUUUUGUGUGAAGUAUGAUGCGACCUUGAAAAGCGACUGGUCGAGAUUAAAGAAGAAGGAGAAGCUCCAAUUAGGUAGCGCUUAGACGAACAUGGCAGCCUGUUUAACCGUGCUUU